UGAUGGGAAACAUAUUGAAAUUUGUCAGGAAUGACACUUUUGCAUAUAACAUCAAUUUACACACCCUGCUUCUUACAUUAGUCUGUGAUUGUAACGUUCCCUUUUGGUCCUGGCUGAAAUCAAAAUCGUUUACUAGUGAGAGUGUAGUCUGUGUCGACCGGAAUUUUCUACUGUCAAGUCUUCAAGCAAGCGAUUUUGAUAAUUGUACCUACAAUGCUUGUCAGUAUACUGAUUACUGUUCAAAUGGAGGAUCUUGUAGUCAGGACAGUAAUGGUAAUCUAACAUGCUCCUGUGUUGUUGAAUGGACAGGUGCUACAUGCACAGAAUCUGCAAAUGAUUGCGUAGAAAAUAUGGACAACUUUCAUACUAAUUGGAAUAAAACAGCAGAAAGCACACUGGCUACUUUAGUCUGUACUGGUGAAUACUCAGGUAAUGCCUCAAGAUACUGCAGUAGCGAUGGAAAGUGGGAGAAACCGAACUACAGCAAUUGUAUAAGUAACUCAAUACAACAUAUCAAAGAACAGACAGUUAAGUUAUUGUCUGGGGACAAUAAAAAUGAUCCUGUGACCAUUAUCCUGCACGAUCUAGAAAACAUUACAAGAGAUAAUGAUGAAUUACGGUCAGGUGAUCUGCUGACGUCAUCAACUGUACUGAAUGAUAUUGCCAAGUACGUUACAAACCACACAGAAGACCAUUCAGUUGAUCAGAUAGAGAUCUUUGGAUCUCUAUGCGACAAUUUACUUGAUGAAAGAAACCAUCAGUCGUGGGAAGAACUUAACAACGAGGGUUCAGGUGGUGUUACGUUACUAGUGAACGCAGUUACGGAGUAUAGUAAUGCAUUUAACGAUGUUAUUGACGGUGAAUUAUCCUUGGUGGUUGCAAGGGAAAAUGUCGUAAUGCAAGUUGGAAAGGCUGGUUUGGACGAGAUAACUGUACCUGACCGCUUAAAAACAUCUGACUCGUGGAUAUCAGAUUCAGCGACUGAAAUUCAACUGAAAAAGAAUAUCUGUAGCGGUUUGACUGGAUAUAGCAGCACAUUCUAUAGAAAUAUUUCACGUUUGUUUCCAAAGUAUAUAAUACUAAAUGGGAACAUCAAACCAUUUAAUGGGAGUUAUGGUGUUAAUUCUAUUAUAGCUGAUUUUACAAUUCAUGGGACAACUUGUUCGGAUUAUUCCUUAAUUAUAAAAUUCGAACAUCUUUUGGAAAACUAUUCCAAACCAUUUUGUGGACAUUGGGAUUUUAGUGCUUCAAAUACUUUUAAUGGAGCGUGGUCGACAUUUGGUUCACGAGUUGUUGAUGCUACUGACUCGUACACGAUAUGUGAAUAUAAUCAUACAACUAAUUUUGCCAUUUUGAUGAGCCCAGGGAGGACACCACCGUCUCAUUAUUUCCCACUGAGCCUUAUAUCAGCCAUCGGAUGUGGAGUGUCCAUUUUGUUUCUGGUCAUUACAAUUCUCAUUCAUUUUGUUCUUUGGAGGUAUGUGAAAACUGAUAGAACUAAAACACUGAUGAACCUAUGUUUGGCAUUAAUUAUGUCGUAUGUAAUAUUCCUAGCUGGUAUAAAACAAACAGAGAAUAAAGUUAUAUGUUCAGCGAUUGCAGUUGGCUUGCAUUUUAUGUUCCUAACAGACUUUGCAUUGAUGCUGGCGGAGGGUAUUCUUAUUGUGAGAAUGGUAGUAUUUGUUUUCCCAACAAAUUCCAUAGUUCAUAAGCUUAUACCUGCAUGUUGGAUUGUUCCAGCUUGCAUUGUUGGAUUUACUGCUAUUGUGACUAAACUUAAAGGCUAUGGCAAUCAGCAGUUUUGUUGGUUAACCCUUGAAUCAAACCUCAUCUGGGCGUUCAUUGGACCAGCACUACUUGUAAUGUUGAUUAAUUUUAUGUUCAUCAUUAUAACGGUGUAUAAAAUGAUGACCAGUAGAGGGUUAGCUGUGAAAACACUACAAGUCAAAUUUAAGAUUGGUUUGAAAAGUAUUUGUGUCAUUUUACCGUUGUUUGGAUUAACAUGGGUACUAGGAGCAUUUUCUAUAAACGAUGAUCUGGUCAUGUUCCAAUACCUAUUUGCAACGUUCAACUCUCUGCAGGGGUUUUUCAUAUGUUUGUUCCACUGUUUCCUGAAUGAUCAGGUCAGGCUCGGCUACCGUCAUUAUCAGAGACGACGACACGCAUAUCGUAUGGAUUCAAAACUACCUACCGAGUCUACUAAUACUGACAAUUCAAAAACACAGCGCCUCAACGACAACAUCCGUGCAGAAAAGAAAUGAGUGAGAGAGAAUAAGAAUACAUAUCACAUCAAUCAUAUGCAGUUUAAUAUGUUUUUUUUUUAUUAUUAUAUGUAUACCUAUUAUAUUAUUUGUUCUGGUGUAAAAUAAUGUCUUACAUAAUUACAAAUCGGACUUAUAAAUCAAGCCUUUCAGAAGUAGGGUCUAGUUUUAGCAUUUUUUCAGUACAUAUUUUGUUUAUUUCUACUGAUAAUUAUAUACUAUGACUAUUUCAACCAAAGUGUUCAUUACAAUCACAGUAAUGAGGUAACAAAUACAAACACAACAUUAUAUAUAUAUAUAUCAUUAGUUAUACAUAUAUCAUACAUUGAUGUUCAAUAAUUAAGGGGAGAUAGUCAGUCCAUAAAGUAAACACCGAAGGAUAAUACUAGGUUCACAUCCAAUUUUCAUAAUCUUAUGGUAAAUAGUUUUCACUGCCAAGAUUUGUUCUCAUAUCUGUUGUCUUUUUAAUUUGAAUAAAGAAUACAGAUAAUCACUGAAAUCAAAUAUAAAUUUAUGUCACCAUUUGCAAUUGACAUUAUCGAAAUCAAUAGAACAUCUUCAUAUAGGUAUCUCUAGCUUUAGAACUUAUCAAAUAUUUCAUAAAGACAUCGUUUUCUAAUAUCAUCAUAUAGAGGGCAUAUAAAAAAAGUAAACUCGAUUUUUAAAUGUGUUGAGACAGCAAAAGUUUUUUGAAAAUUUGAUGAGGUAAUAAAAACAACAUUUUGUUCACUAACAACGACUUUUUAAAGCUAUAUAAAGUGAAUAUAGUUUUGUUGUUUUUUUAUAUUAACAUAAUUCUAAAAUUAAAAGUUGAAUUUUGAAAUCAAAAUAGGGUCUUCCAUUUGCUGUGUUCAUUCUGUGAAAUGGCACCUCUAAUGAUUGGUUAUUGCCUUAAAAAUAUAAGUUAAGGCAUUCUUUAGAAACCUAUUAUUUGGUUUCACUAUAUAUUUGGCAAAUCAACAUUUAAUUUCUCGCUAACGAAUAUAAUAGAUUAGGUAUCUGAUAAAAUCCAAUUGUGUGAUAAAUGGUAUGAUGACAAACAGGUUUAAUAAAAUUAUAAGGUAUUAAUCAAAGGUAAUGAUGUAUAACAGGUAUUAAAACAUAGAACUACAGAUACAAUCUAAAUGAAUUUUAAUAAAUUGAAAUAUAUCAGUUAUAAUGUUAUUGGUAAGCUUUGUGUUUUAAUCAUUGUAAUUUUGUUUUACUUAACAAUUUUUCCUGUUAAAUAUUUUACUUUAUUAUAAAUAUAUUCAAGCAGUUACUCAUAUAUAUCAUGUGUACAGUGAGAUUCUUGUAAUUUCACUGAAUAAAAUUCAAUAUUUGUUUAG